AUCUUAUUCUCGCAGCGCCCUAUCAUCAAGGAGAUCCGGGAGGAGUGGACGGGGAGGGGGGGUUGAGAGAGUAUAUAUUGGCCGGAGCAACACGGGACCAACAGACGGGCUCUUUCUCCCUCCGUGAACAUAAUAAGUUCUCCAAAAUGAAGGCUUGCAUGCUUCUUGCUGUGGUGGCGGUGACGGUGGCCAUCGCGGCCGCACAAGGUCCUGGUGGUCGUCGUCCCCCUCCUGGCGGUGCUGGCGGUCGCCGUCCCCCUCAUGGCGGCCCUGGCGGUCGUCGCCCCCCACGUGGCCCUCCUCCAUGCAUUGAAUUCCUGUGCGGUGAAGAUACGGAAUGCCCGAAAUGCAUCGGAGAUAUCAUCCAUAGCGGCGAAGACAGCACACUGAAGGAUCAGCUUCAUGAAUGCUACACAGCUGCUGACGAUUGCGCAGAUGAAUCAGCUGUAGACCAAGCCACUUUGUUGAGCUGCAUCGAAAGCGUCAACGCAGAUAUGGGUGCUUGUUUCCCUGCAAAAUAAACGGACCUCGGCUAACGGAUAAAUAAUGCAUCGCAACGUUGAAUGGACCGGCUCGUUUCGUAAUUUUAUUUCCUUGUUGGUAUUUUCAUUUUUUUUAUCAUUGGAUUAUGCUCCUUGACACUUUUAAAGGAACCUAUAUUCUUCAUUAUGUCUCUGUCAAUAAAUAAUAUAAAAAAUA